GUGGGAGGUCAGCCUUUCCGCGGGAACGAUACGGCGCCGCGACGACGAUACAACGCCACGCGCUUGGAAUACAUAUUUGCGUCGUUUUUCUGUCCCCCUGUUGUUUCACUCGUCUCUUUCCUUUCCGCCGCCGUCCUCUCGCGAGCCGCCGCGGUCGGCGACGACCGGCGGCUCCGAUCAUCGAUCCGCGCCACGUGAUCGAGAGAUCGAGCGGCCGGUGCCACCAGUGUUGCAGCGAAACUAUUCCGCGGAUUGUCUUUUAGUUCAACCGACUUUCCGUCACGCCAAAUCGGACGAACACCGGCGCGAGGCUUGUGCCGUUUUUGCGUUCGUUACUCCUCGGAAUGCCAGUGAGUGCAGCGCAUCCCUCUCGGGCGAAGAAACGGAGUGCGCGUGAAUGAUCGGCGCGGCGCGAACUGCGUGACGCAGCCGUAAGCGAAACGAAAAUUCGCCCAUUGAAACUCGCGCGUCGACCAGAGGUUGAAAAUGCUUGACAUCGCAGCGAUAUUGCUGGACCCUUUUCUACUUAUCGGCCUCGUCUUCGGUAGCCUGUACUUCUAUCUCACGGCUACCUUUGACUUCUGGGAAUGCCGCGGCGUACCGUACAGAAAGCCGACCGUGCUCGUGGGGAAUUUCGGUCCUCUGCUCCUGUUCCGGAGGUCGCAGCCGGAAGGCGUGAAAGAGAUGUAUCAGUGGUUCAAGGAUGAAAGGUUCUUUGGCGCGUUUCGGGUGAGAUCGCCCGUGCUGAUUCUACGCGAUCCCGAUCUGGUGAGGAGCGUGUGCGUCAAGGAUUUCGCUUGCUUCCUGAAUCGUGGGAUUCCGAUCAAUAGUGAUCAGGAUCCGCUCUCCGGCCAUCUGUUCAAUCUCGAAGGGCGCAAGUGGAAGGGCCUCAGGUCGAAGCUGACACCCGCGUUCUCGUCGGGCAAGCUCAAGCGGAUGUUCUAUCUGCUGGUGGAAUGCUACGAGGAGCUGCAGCGGCUCAUCGACGUGGCGAGCUGCAACGGCGACCGGACGGUCGAGGUGCGGGAGCUGGCCGCGAAAUUCAUCCUCGACGUCAUCGGCAGCUGCGCCUUCGGCAUACAGAUAAACGCGCUCACCGACGAGACGUCCGAGUUUCACAAGUCGGUGAAGAGGCUCUCGAAGCCGAGUUACAAGGCCACCCUCUGGAGGAUGCUACGCACGGCCAUGCCGAGGCUGUACAGGCUGCUGGGCGUGCAGCUAGUCGAUCCUAGUGUGACUCAGUUCUUCAUGCACGUCGUGUCGCAAAUGAUCAGCCAGAGGGAGAGUAACGGGAGCGCGACCAGGCACGAUUUCAUGGACCUGCUAAUCGAGCUGAGAAACAAGGGUACUCUGGACAGUGAAGCCGUUAGUCCGACGAUCUGCAGCGAGGAGGACGUCCAAGCGGCCAAGGAAAUCGAAUUAGAUGAGAACACUAUCGCGGCACAGGCGUUCGGUUUCUUCGCCGCCGGCUACGAAACGUCGUCGAACACGAUCGCGUUUUGCCUCUACGAGCUAGCCUUGAAUCAGGAAAUCCAAGAUAAGGCCAGGCAAGAGGUACACAACGCUAUACGAGCACGAGAUGGGAAAUUAACUUACGACGCGGUGCAGGAAAUGAAGUAUCUCGACAUGGUAAUAUUAGAGACCCUCAGGAAGUAUCCGCCAGCCCCGCUGUUCUCUCGAAGAUGUGAGUACAAGUAUCGAAUACCGAACAGCAAUGUGGAACUGCCGGCCGGCAUGCGGGUCGUCAUCCCGAUUUACGGCCUCCACCAUGACCCGAAUUACUACCCCGAUCCGGCAAGAUUUGAUCCUGACAGAUUCACGGAAGAGAACAAACGUACGCGACACCCCUACACGUUUCUUCCAUUCGGUGAAGGGCCACGAAAUUGUAUAGGCAUGCGAUUCGCGUUGCUGCAAAUCAAGAUGGGGAUAAUAGCGUACCUCAAGGAUCAUCGGGUCGAGAUAUGCGACAAGUCGCCGGUGCCGAUCAAGUUCAGCAGGCGGAGCCUCGUGACCACGAGCGAGACGGGAUUUUGGCUGGCAUUACUCCGUCUUCCUAAAUGCGGAUGCGGUGUUUGAUGUCCAUUUAAACACGGAAAGAACAAUUUUGUUGAAAGGUCUAAAAAUUUUGCUAAAUACAGAUCUGAAGA